AUGAUCACGUCUUCCGGUGGGAGUACUCUAGCUACGAGCGCGUCGCUUCACCUGGCGACACUUUCUACGACUUCAUCUUCUGAUGCCAAUACUCCAGCAACGACCUCGUCUUCCGGUACGACGACGCCCGUCACGACAGCUACACCCGAACUGUUGACAAAUUCCACGACUCCGUCCUCGAGGACAACUACUGCAGGCACGACCCCGUCUUCCGCUACUACUUCCUCAGCCACGACCACCCCUCACGAACUGACGACAUCGUCUACAACCGCGUCUUCCGUUACCAUUUCUUCAGGCACAAGCCCAUCACCCGACCUUACGACACCGUCCAUGAUCACGUCUUCCGGUGGGAGUACUCUAGCUACGAGCGCGUCGCUUGACCUGGCAACACUUUCUACGACUUCAUCUUCUGAUGCGAAUACUCCAGCAACGACCUCGUCUUCCGGUACGACGACGCUAGUCACGACCGCAACACCCGAACCGUCGACAACUUCCACGACUCCGUCAUCGACGACAACUACUGCAGGCACGACCCCGUCUUCCGGUAAUCCUUCCGCAGCCACGACCGCCCCUCUCGAACUGACGACAUCGUCUGCGACCUCGUCUUCCGUUACCACUUCUUCAGGCACAAGACUAACUCCCGACCUUGCGACACCGUCCACGAUCACGUCUUCCGGUAGGAGUACUCUAGCUACGAGCGCGUCGCCUGACCUGACGACACUUUCUACGACUUCAUCUUCUGAUGUGAAUACUUCAGCAACGACCUCGUCUUCCGGUACGACUACUCCAGUCACGACCGCAACACCCGAACACUCGACAACGUCCACGACUCCGUCGUCGGGGACAACUUCUCCAGGCACAACCCCGACUCCCGCUACUACUUCCUCAGCCACGAUUUCGACUCUCGAUCUGUCGACAUCGACUACUACCUCCUCGUCUUCCGGUACGACUACUCAAGCCACGAACUGGUCUUUCGGUACAACUACUCCUGCAACGACUGCGUUACCUGAAUUCUCGCCACCUUCUACGACCUCUUCGUCGAAUAUGAGUACUCCGGAUGAACUCGCGUAUGCUGACUCACCGAUACUUUCUAUGAACUCGUCUUCCGGUACGACUACUCCAGCCACGACGUCGUCUUCCGGUACGAGUAGUUCAGUCACGACCGCGUCGUACAAUACGACUACUCCAACCACGACUUCUUCUUCCGGCACGACUAGUUCAGUCACGACCGCAUCUUCCAAUACGACUACUACAGCCACUACCCCGUCUUCCGGUACGACUACGCCAGUCACGAACGCGACACCCGAACUGUCGACAACUUCCACGACUCCGUCAUCGAGGACAACUACUCCAGGCACGACCCCGUCUUCCGCUACUACUUCCUCGGCCACGACCGCCCCUCACGAACUGACGACGUCGUCUACGACCUCGUCUGCCGUUACCAAUUCUUCAGGCACAAGCCCAUCACUCGACCUUACGAAACCGUCCAUGAUCACGUCUUCCGGUGGGAGUACUCUAGCUACGAGCGCGUUGCUUGACCUGCAACGACCUCGUCUUCCGGUACGACGACGCUAG